AUAAGAAGAAGGCGUUUCUUUUAGUAGAUGCGCACUUACAGGCACUGACAUUUUAGUGUAAGACUCACGACUGGAUUUAUGGAAGUGUCUGCACGUUUCCUCCGCUAACAUUUUCUAAUUGUGUAAUUUGAAUGCCUUGAGAGGAUACCUUCAUAACCUUAAUUUAAAGACAAUUAGAAGAUGGCUAACAAGGCAGAGUCCACAAUGAGCACUACCACUAGUGAGAGUGUGUCCCACAGUGUGCUGAGCUGGGACCAGGUGGGCCGUCUCAAUGAGGUCCUGACAGCAGUGGUGCCGGUCCACGGCCGAGGGAACUUCCCAACCCUGGAGGUGCGGCUGAAAGACAUUGUUCAGAUGGUGCGCACCCGUCUUGAGCUAAGGGGAAUUAAAGUGAAAGACGUUCGUCUGAACGGCUCUACAGCCAGCCAUGUGCUGGUGCAGGACAUUGGCUGGAGCUACAAGGACCUGGACAUCAUCUUCAGGGUGGACCUGCCCCUGGAGUCAGGGUUCCAGCUGGUCAAAGAUGUGGUGCUGGGCACUCUGCUGGACUUCCUCCCUGAGGGGGUGAACAAGGAGAAGAUCACCCCCAUGACCCUAAAGGAGGUCUAUGUUCAGAAGCUGGUCAAGGUUUAUACAGAGCAGGACCGCUGGAGCCUCAUCUCCCUCUCCAACAACAACGGGCGCAACGUGGAGCUGAAGUUUGUGGACUCUAUCCGCCGGCAGUUUGAGUUCAGCGUGGAUUCAUUCCAGAUCGUGUUGGACUCGCUGCUCUCUUUUUACGACUUCUCGCCGGAGAACCCUAUGUCUAGCCACUUCCACCCCACCGUGGUGGGUGAGAGCGUGUACGGGGACUUUGGUGCGUCUCUGGACCACCUCAUGAACAAACUGAUCGCCACCAAGCGGCCGGAGGAGAUCCGUGGCGGCGGCCUUCUCAAGUACUGCAACCUACUGGUGAGAGACUUCCGGCCCACCUCGGAGGAGGAGUUCAAGGGCCUGGAGCGUUAUAUGUGCUCCCGCUUCUUCAUCGACUUCCCCGACAUUGGUGAGCAGCAACGGAAGCUGGAAGCCUACCUGCAGAGUCACUUUGUGGGUGAGGAGAAGAGCAAGUAUGACUACCUCAUGAUCCUGCGGCGCGUGGUCAACGAGAGCACGGUGUGCCUCAUGGGCCACGAGAGGCGGCAGACCCUUAACCUAAUCUCGCUGACAGCCUUCAGGGUGCUGGCUGAGCAGAACGCCAUCCCAGACGCAUCCAGUGUCACCUGCUACUACCAGCCGGCUCCCUACGUCCGAGACCACAACUUCAGCAACUACUACGUUGCCUCGUGUAACCAGAAUAUUCCAACAUGGCUGCCAUGUAACUGAGAGACCCAUAUAACAUGAAGACUGCUGCUUUGAGAAAGGGGGAAAAAAAGAGAAGAAAAAAAAGUCAGAUGUGCCAAAAAAAAUAGAAAUGAGAAAUUUCGCUCUGUAGUCAUAAAGGAUAUAUUUAAAUGGCCAAGUGUUUAGUUUUUAUUUUGGUCUCCCUUCUCCUUCCUUAUCUACAGAGGUGUCAAGAUCAUUGGAUCAAAAGUGAUAUUUUUUAAGUGUUAUUUUGAUUAGAUUUUUUUGCCUUUUCUCAGAUUGUAAUGUUUGUUUGUUUCCCCUAAUGAGAAAAUUGGCUUCAAAUUAACUUCCUGAUUCAAGAAUGAGUUCUACUUGGUGCCCACAUGUUAAGUGUAUUUGGUCCAUCUUCAAAGAAAGGGAAACAAAUAUUUAGAAGUUUAUUUGGGUUUUGCUCCUGUGUGUAUUGAAGAAGAAAAAAAAAAAGUAUAAAAAAAUAAUGGUUAACUAAAGCGAUGUGAAGCACAAAGUGUAAAAGGUAAUCCUGAGAUGACAUCAAUGUUUAGUUCACUGAUGAGCAGUAUGGGUUUGCUCAUCAGUGUUUUGAGGAAUUUUCUACUAGUGAGAUGACUGUCCCCAUCUCAUUUAGAAGGCAUCCAAUCUAAACGGGAGGCAGAGGAGAGGCUCAUUUCGUUUUUAAAGCAAAGGUGUAAAAAAGGAAAGGUAAUCUGACCCAAUAUCACUAGCACAGUGCUGCCAGAGUGCCUGUGCUGUGUAGACUUUGUAGAGAAAAAUGUGUAUUUUAUUUUCUGCUGUGACUAGCCUCCUUCCUAAAUCUGUUCAGCCAAUACUAUGUAUAGACAAUAGUUCAUACUAUAUAGGGUGCAUCUCAAUAGUGUUAAGAGGCUUCCUCUCCCUAGUAUCCUCUCCUCCAUGCAACAGGUCAAGUAGAAAUGUAGACUGCCUAUCCAAACCUUUCACCUGUUUGUGGUAAUGCUUGAAAGGAGCCUAGCAAAGGAAGCCAUGAACGAGUAUUGAGAAGCACACCAUACAGUGUAAUUCUUUGGGCCUUUUUGCUCACCGAUCAUGGCUAAUGUAUGUUGUGGGGAGUUGCUAUUCUUUUCUUUUAAACCUCUUCCAAAACAUUGGUGCAGCAGUGACCACUCAGAUUUCAGAGUUUACGGUCCAUGUGGUGGGGUCUACUGUAAGCUCAUUUGGAGAACAGGACAGGGCCUUCACCUCCCUCUUUCUGGAGUAUAGUCUGAAAGUCAGGGAGAGACUGUCCUUUCCCUUAAAAGGAGCCCCACUUGGCGGGGCCCUGGAACCCCUUGCAGGCCUUCCUUUGCAGGCAGUGGCCUGAAAUGGGAUCCCAGUCUGGUGCAGGCCAGCCAAUCGCUGUAACGGCAGCCAAUAAUUAAAGUGGGGAGGGAGUGUAAGGUAGAGAAUGGCGAGGUUGUGCCAGUGUGUGACGGCAACCUUAUGCGUGGGGGCUGACUCACUUCCCUCUCCACCACCCCCUAAGGGUUUGCAGGGGGCAGGUGUGAACCCUUUUCUGGUCAUGGGAGGAUAGGGGAGCACUGCUGCCUGCCUGGCACAUUCAACAAAAUGUAAGUGUCUGGAAUUCCGUUCCCAUUUUGGACCUCACGCAUCUUGAUUUACAUGGCAGAAGUUGUACUCUGCUCUAUGACAGGCAUCCGAGUACCCCCUCCCACCCUAAUUAAACUUUAAAACCCAUUUAGAAAUUGCACCCCCAUCAUCUCCUUUUCUACUGACCUGACAAUUUUAAUUUCCAGUCUAGUGAGCCAACUGUUCGCCUUUAAGUAUUUCUGUCCAACCAAACCCAGGGACUUAUUUUUGGACCUUGAAGGCAACACGGCUUUCACUGAUGGAUGAGCAGCAGUGACUCAACCGUUUGCCCUCCUGCCCCCCCCCCCCCCUCCCCCGGGUUGGCUCCCCAACACAGAAAUGCUAAAUUGCUCUUGAACUCCUUGUGUAAGUGCCAGCAGCCUGCUCCCUGUCCCUCUACUCUGCUUACACUCCCUAGGUGCCAGCUGCUGCUCUAUCAACUUGUGCAAACUAACAUGCACAUCCAGAUAAGAGCUAGGAUGUGGUUAUCUGCCCCGUUCACAGGCCUGGGGGGGGGGGGGGUCGGCAUGGUCUCUGGAGCGGGUCACACCCAUGGGUCGGGGCACGUUGAGCUGGCUCAGCAGCCCAAACUAAACGUGGACACUGCUUUUAGUCCAAGGGCCACCCACUAAUAAAGGCUUCAGAAAAGGCAUUAUGUGACCCAGGAAACAAAACUGCAAAGUUUCAACAUCAUUAUGUAGACAAUUAUAUGAACACAUUCAUUAAAUAUUAUAAAUCAAUGGUACAAUUUCAAUCAGGUCAUUAUGGUUCAUUUCCCCUAGCAACGGAGGUUGCCAUGUUAGUAGUAACACUUUGUUGUCCAUGCUUGCAGAAACCAAUGUACGGACCUGAGGAAUCACGAAAUAAUACGAGAUAAGAAACUGUUCCAAGGUGUUUAAAUUGCUUUAUGUAGCUGUUGGAACCUUGAAUGUUUUGAGAGCUGUGUUGGCUAGCAAAUGUGCUGUCUUUAGUUUGGCAAGUAGCAAUGAUGGCCCUUGUAGGCUGUACGUCUUACAUUAACUGAGAACGACUGUACGUGGUUAAAACACAUUGAAUCGUUUCGGGGUUCAUCUGAUUCAGUGUUGCUUGAGCCUAUGCAAGGACAAACACUGAUCUCAUGAAUAGUUCUGUGUGCAACAACAGUAACCAAUGUCCUUUUUUUUCUUUUUUUUUUUUUUUUACAUAUUUUUUUAAAUAACAAAUGAAUGCAAUUUUUGAACCGGUGUUCAUAUUCAUAACAUUAUCUACGUAAUAUUUUUUUUAAAUUUCACCUUGUGUGCUGGGUCACAGAACAGCAAUUUAUUUUGUGGGUGGCAAUGGGACAAUUUUAACCUGGCUUAGCUUUAGCUUAGCCACCAUGUGGGCACAUUCGGUGUGGACCAAAGUCUGAACCAGCAACUAAGCACUUAAGUGCCUUUACAUUUGGUGGGAUAUUUUAUUUUUUUGUGGGUGGGAGAAGAGAGAAUUAGUUAAGAAUAGUUGCUACUAGUUACCAUGAAAUUGUCACUUGCGUUUGGUUGAAUUCUAUUUUUUGUUUAUGGGUUGAGACACUGCCAUUGAAUUAUGUAUGUAGACUUUUUUUGGGUGUCAUGUGAAGUGUUUUUCUUCUUAAGCCCAACCCCAAACCAUACUUUGAAACUUAGCUGUCUAGUCAUUCCAGUAAUUAUUUGUCAUGCUCUGUCUGCAUUUCUUUUUUUUGCCCCCACCUCCCUCCCCUUCAAUUUAUCAAAACCAAAGCAACACCUGCAGCUAGUGCAAUGACAAGCCAUACAUAAUAACUGUCUGGCGUCAAAUGACUUGUACACCCCACUCAAUGGAAGCACUUUAGAGGCCUUGUCUUACUCCAUACCCAGCUAGCGGAGAGUGUACAUGUACAUAAGCUAUGGAGGAGACUGUAUGUUGGAGGGGAGCUGGUUCUCAGGGAGGUUAAAUGUGUUGAAGGGCUGUUUCAGACUUUUGAAGGCUGGGGUGUGAACUUUUUGAACCUUGGAACGUUUUUGUUUGUGAAUUGUGCUCCCAUCUUGGCCACCAGAUUCCUAUACUUGGUAUUUGUCUCCCUCUCUGGUGUAUAUUAGAGAAGACUUCUCAUCUGUCUCCGCGCUGAGACCAUUUUUAAUUUGUGAAAGCUUGUUGCGUUUGGAGCCGAUGGUCUUAACCUUGGUUCUGAUGAGUCACUUUUUCCCCACAGCAUUACUUCAUAAUUCAGGUGAAUUAUUCAGGUGGAGAGGAGCUGUCAGUCAUUCCCACAAAUGUUUACCACCAUGCAAAGUGAUGACUCAAUUGAGCUUUGAGCCAGAACCAGCAGCUCAGUAGCUCUCCAGAACCAGGGUUGUAGACCCACUGAUAUUGAAUUCGUGUAAGUUCUGUGUCUGUGUCCCUUACCCUGCCUGAAUGUGUUAUGGUUAUUGUGGUCUCUGUCUUUAUCCUAACUGGGAAUGUGUGCCUAUUUAUCAAUUGUAAACAGAGAUGAGUGUUAUGUAUGCUCCCCUAGAUAAGAAUGGGUGUGACCAGGCUUGGCUAUAUGAUAUAUCGCUGCCCAUAUUUGGGGUCGUAUGUUUCAUGGAUGGUGCAAGUGAUGUUUGUCCUAAUUUUUUGCCCCUCUUGUCUGCUGUAAUUCCAUGUGAUUUUGCAUUAUGGUCCCCUCCAUUGUCUGGAUUUCGGGGGGGGGGGGGGGGGGGGGGGGGUUGUUUGUGAUUUCUCAAAGAGCAAGUCUUAUCUUUUUGGAAAGUGACGAUCCCUUUUUGAAGUUCUUUGCUAUUUUUGCAUUAAGAGUUGUGGAAUUUUACAGCAGAUGUUUUUUUUGUGUGUGUGUACGAGGAUGACUGUGUGGAUGUGAGUUAAAGAUAUGAAAUUCUUGCACAUUUUACUUUUUGAAAUGGUUUAAUGGCAAAGAGCUGUCAGCUUUCUGAUUAUGACGUUGAUGAUCUCAUACUAUUUCAUUUCAGCACUUUUACCUUUUAGUUUUCCUUUUGGAUAGAAAUGUACAUCAGGAAAAUGUGUUUUGAAGAGGGAAAAACAACAUUUAAAUAAAGUAUUGAAUCCCAAAUGA